GGGAGGGACCUCUUACAUUUGGAUAUAAAUGAAGGCGCUGUACCCACUGCUUUCAAACAAGCUUGCACUGCACCACACGGGUGUCUGUCCUUUAACACAACCUUACGCAAGAGUGAUACAGCGUGACAAUGGCAGUGUCAGCAGCUAUAGCAGGAGCCUCGUUGCUAGGAGGAACAGUAGAGGAAAUCUCCAGAAAUAUACCAACAAAUAGAAACGUUACUAUUGCAAUUGAAAAUAACUCUGAUUUCUCUCUAACAAACCCAAGGUUUUACACUUACAGUGGAUAUAAUAUUGACCCUCCUCAGCCGACAAUCAUAGAAAAAAGAACUGAAGUGUGUUCCUUCAGCAAAACUGGGGGUACAGCGUGUGGAAGUGUGGGCGUCUUAACCUACGAUGUCUUCAAGAACAACAGUUCUGUUGAAUGCAUUGCCGUAAUGUUUUCUGUACCAUAUAAUUACAAUCAUUAUGAAAACUAUUUUGCUAUAGGGUCCUUUAGUGUAGGAACCUCUUGUGACCAUGCCUUAUACAAUCGAAUGUACUAUGAGGAGGAGAAUGGUUUCACCAGAAGCCAAGCUGGGUUCAUACAGUUUACUGGGAAAGCUGUUAAAAUAAAAGCCACAAUGUCUCCCGCUGGCAGCUCAAUAAUAAAAAUGGAAGUGUGGAACCCGUGAACUGUGCGUCUCACGCGCUUGCUUUUCAUUGACAGCCCUGAUAUUUGCAUACAUCAAAUCCUUCUACUCUGCUAUUGCAAAGCAGUCCUAUAGUGUUAUAUAUGUCCUAUAGAUGCAUUAUACUUUUUCAUUUCCUACUGUCUAAAAGUAUUGUUCAAUUCAGUGUAUAUAAAACACUCAAGUAUAAAAAUGAAAAGCUUUCAACAUAUGCUAAAAGACUGUUUGCAUUACAACUGGUGUUUGGGCUGCUUCUCUGUAGACCUGCUAACAUUGUUCUUCUGAAACUAUGAGACGUUACAAAAAACUGCUGCUUCCAAUUCAAAAUUCAUUAAUAGCUAUAGAAUUGAUGCUGAAAAUAGAGCUAUGAAAGAAAAAAAAAAUAACCACUAAUAAACUGGAAAUACAUUUUUACAAUUUCAUUCUUUUUUUCAUAUUGGUGGGCAUACAGUUUAAAUAUAAGAUGACUUAAAAUAUGAACAGCCUGUUGUGUCCUUGAUUGUUAUUGACCUCUCUUUUUUUUCUUCCAGUUAUUUUUUAUGAGGUAUCUGUAACACUUCGGUUCUGCAGAAAGAUUGAUUAACGACCAUAUUUGUUCCGUCAAGAAUAAACUUAUUUACCGAAUUAAAAUCACAGUGUCUGUGUUUUUAUCUGCUGUACAUGGAUAAACUUAUGAAGCCUUCUUGUUUUAAAUUUAGUGCUGCCUGACCG